GAGUCGGGUUAGGUAAUUGAUUGGGUGCGUUUCAGGAAGAAAGAGGGUUCUGGGAAACACGAAAGAGGUAAUCCGAGAAGAAGAUGGCGUGGGUAUGGCUUGAAGCAGCGCUGCCACUGGGCAUAAUUGCUGGAAUGCUGUGCGUAAUGGGCAACGCUCAGUAUUUCAUCCACAAAGCCGCUCAUGGCCGGCCCAAGCACAUCGGUAAUGAUGUCUGGGACGUCGCCAUGGAAAGAAGGGACAAAAAGCUCAUGGACAAUCUCUCUGCCCCUUCCUCUUAAAUCCAUCUUUUAUUUCUUCGGUACGUGCAGGAAUCAUGCUAAUGGAUUUUGGAAGAAAUAAAGAAUGGGUAAGCUAGCCUUGAAGAAUCCCGAAGGGCAACUGGAGUCAUGCUCAUGUCACUUUGCAUGUGAAAUUGCAUAAGAUAUUUGACCUAAAGAAACGCUUGUUCUUAUAUGAUUUAAUUGCUAUUAUUAGCACUUCGGAACUUAGUUUGAUCCUGUUUCAAGUUAUCUUUGGAGAUUAUCAUAUUUUCUUUUUCUGUGUCUAAGUCUGUGUUAAGACAGAGGAAGAUCAAACAAGGUAAUUGACACAAACUAUUGAGAUCAGAAAAUGUGGAAAUAGCAGGGUGUUUGUCUUAGUUUAUUUUAGGAUUUGAGAUCCUUUUUAAGCUUAUUUAAAAGUGGAAGAUUAUGGAGUCCUGUCUUCUAGGCCUUGUGACUUCUUUCUCUUCCUCAGACUUUUACCAAAUGCCUAGCUGCUCUGUUCAAUGUUAUAUUUACAAUAAAUAAAGGUAAGUAAAUGUCUACAAA